UCAUUUCCUCCUAUUUCCACUCAUCUCAAAAACCAAUUAACAUAACGGAUUUUGACUCACAACAAUGGGAGAGGUCAGUUAGCAAAUAUUCUCUCCCCCAUUUCUCUUUCUCUUUUUGCCGUUUCAUUUUCUUUUCUUUUCUUUUGGGUUGAUAAUAUAUAUGGUUUGUUGUCUAUGUUACAGAAAAAGAGUGCAAACAAGAAAGGAGGGGAUGGAGAAAAGAAUGAAAAGGGUUCCUUAACUAUUGUUCUCAAAGUUGAUUGUCUUUGUGAAGGUUGUGCCACCAAAAUUCUCAAAUACAUUCGUGAUUUUGAAGGGGUGGAGACAGUGAAAACAGAGAGCGGCUCAAACAAAGUGACAGUAAAUGGAGCAAUGGAUCCAACGGCCAUUAAAGAUAAACUCCUGAAGAAAACCAAGAAGAAAGUUGACGUCAUUUCUCCUCAACCAAAGAAAGAUGAUAACAAAGAAGAGAAAAAGGAGAAAAAACCUGACAAAGACAAAAACCCAGAUUCUGAUAAUAAACAAGAGAAAAAACCCAAAGAGGCCCAGGUAACGACGGCGGAUUUGAAGGUGCAAUUGAAAUGCCAGUGCCAGGGAUGCGUUGGUAAGAUUCGCAAAAUUGUCGCUGAGACCAAAGGAGUGCAUGAGUUGAAAGUAGAUAAGCAGAAGGAGCUGGUCACUGUUAAGGGGACUAUGGAUGUUAAAGCCCUGGCUGAGGCUUUGAAGGGCAAACUGAAGAAGAAUGUUGAGAUUGUGCCACCUAAGAAAGAGAAAGACGGCAAAAAUGAGGGCUGCGAGAAUGGUGGUGGUGGUGGCGGUGGUGGCGGCGGUGGGAAGAAGAAGAACAAAGGUGGCAAUGGUGGUGGUGCUGGUGGCGGUGGUGGUAAGACGGACGGGAACAGGAUGGAGUUUAUGGUUCAACCCGAUUUUGGAUUCAUGCCUGGUUACCCUGGAUACAUGCCGGUUUAUCCUGGAUAUGGGCACCCGGGCUACGGCUAUGGUUACAGGCACAUGCACCCACAAGGGCACGAACAUGGAUAUGGUUACCCUGGCUACGUGCCAGGUUACCCGGUGUCUGUUCAUCCACCUCACCAGAUGUUCAAUGAUGAGAAUCCUAAUGCUUGUGCCAUUUUGUGAGGAGAAAUGAGAAAUGGGGUUUAUGCUAUAGCUCUUUAGGUUAAGGUAAAAUGGAAAAGUGUAUAUAAGAAAUAGAGAAGAGAGUUUACUUGGGAAGGAAAAUUUUGGGUUAAAAUUGGAGCUUCACAGCCUGUUUGGGUUUUAUAUAUGUUGGAUUCUAGGGUUUUUAUCUUGUUAUUUGUUGUUAAAAAUGUUUGACUGUCGGCAUUUUUAAUGUGAUUAGUGUUAUUUUGCUAUGUAACCAAUGUUUUGUUCUCUCAUCUGAUUUACUGGCUACUAGCAUUGUAACUUUUUUGUGAUGUGGGGUUUGUGGGAUUUGUCUUGUUUUAAUUUGCAGCUGGCAAUUCUACUUUGGGUGAGACACUAAAGAGGAAGAAUAGAGGCUGCCACUCAAUAAAUGGAAAAUAACACAAGGGGGUGGGGUUUACAGCUUACUCUUGGGUGAUGUAUAACCACUAAG